CGUCAGUCGCUGCCAGCCGGGGCCAAGCUUUCUGGUGUAGCGGCACUAGCACAAACGUGCUGGUGUCGUUGUCGGUGUUGAGUGCUGUAAGAUGCGCUGACGGAUGAGCUUAGAAUUUCGUAUUCUGUCGACAAAACAACCCGCUAUCACAUCUCGUCCAUACACACCGUGUACUUUAAAAAUAUUCGCAAUAUGCUUUCGAUGAAAACAGAAAACGUAGGCUACGCCGUAGCCGCAUUCCUCGGGCUUGGUGGCCUUAUGGGGUAUGUCCGUAAAGGAAGCAAGGUUUCUCUGAUUGCUGGUAGCGCAGUUGGUGCCAUGUAUGCUGUUGCUAGUUACGUCGAACGACAAGGCUGCGACUUUGGACACGUUGUUGGCCUUACGGCUUCCACUUUGCUUCUUGGUUCUAGCGUUCCUCGCGCUCUUAAAGGAAGAAAACCCGUUCCUUGUAUGCUAAGUGCUAUUGGCGUCGGUACUGCCAUCCUUUACGGUAAAUUAACGCUCAACAAUCACAAGUCCCUGUGGUAAAUGAGCACGAGGACGAAUGUCCAUCAUGGGAUAUCAAAGAGCAGCAGCAUGUGAAUGAACAUGUUCAUUUUAGCGACUUGUGUAGCCAAACGAAUGCUCGACAAACAAGGAAUUUGCUGUUAGUUGCGAGUAGCUUGCUUUUUCCGUUGUUCCCAUUUGUAACUUCUCUUUUCUUCAGUAUAUGAAUAUUAAUGACCGAUUUCAGUAUCAAUUCUUCUUUUUUUUUCCUUG